AUGAGAACUUCCAAUCACCAGGUGGAUGGGGAGGGCUGCAGCUGGCGCCAGACCUUCACGGAUGCCGCGGGCCGUAUGCACUGGGACCACGUCUUCGUCACCGAGCUGCUUUCCAACAGCAGCUACCGCCCGGUGCACGAUUUCAUCAUGGGGGCGGAGUAUACGGCAGUGGCCAGGGUCCGACGAGCCCUGGCGGAGGUGCCGAAGCGCUACCUCAAAUGUCUCAAGACCGACUGUCUGGUGAUGCAGGACGUGCCAAAGAAGCACCGCUCCGCCAUCGAGCGGCUGCUGCGCCUGUCGCAUCGGGACGGCACGCCCGUCUAUCGCUGCGAGCCGACGGAAGGCCUGCGGGGCCAGUACCGGGAGCCUCGCAUGGAGGCCCUGCGGGAGCUCGGGGACACCGUGCACAUCAUCACGAAGACCCACGCCGCCGUCCAGAAUGUGGGGCUCGGGGCGCAGACGGCGGAUCACUGGGUGCGCCGCAACGUUCGCAGCGGCCGCUGCAGCGCCACCUGGCUGGUCAUCGAAGAGCUCACUCAGUUAGAUACUCCUCUGUGGGCUGAUAUAGCCUGCCUGAGCAUGAACACCUCCAUGCGCUUCUUGUUGCUCGGAGACUUCCGGCAGCUUCCCGCCGUCCUAGAUUCCUUCGCAGGGGCGGAGGUGUGCAGGGAGCUGAAAGACAGCCAAUUGCUGCACGACCUGGCCGGCGGCUGGUGCCACGAACUGUCGGAGCGCUGGCGCUUCGACGAGGGGGUCUUCUCCUUCCUUCAGUGGCUGAGAGUGGACGAGGCAGAGCAGGUGCCUCUGCGCGAAGCCGUGCAGAUGGCCCGGCAGCGCUUCCCGCGGAGGGGCGAGCCGGAGGUCUGCCUGGUCAUCUCCCACGCCAAGCGACUGCAGAUCAACGAGCGAGAGAAUCGCAGGAGAGCGCCGGAGGAUGCGCUGCUGGUGGAGUACGCCGGGCCGGAGACGGCGGGCACCAAUGCGCCCCAAACCAUGAGGGUGUGGCCGGGCCUGCGGCUCGUGGGCGCCGGCGGCAAAGUGCAGAAGGGCGUCUUCGUCACCGUCAGUGAAGUGGGAGAGCGAGUGUCGCUGGAAAGCGGGCAGAGCUUCGAGCCCCGGGAGCUGCUGAAGCACACCCGCCUUUGCAGCGCCAUCACCUACGCUUCCGUGCAGGGCCUGACCCUCCGGGGCCGG